AUGUCAAAUUCAGAGCCCAUAUACAUGUUUAAUGUGAUUUGUGAGGCUAUGGUAGCCUUUGUGGGCCUCAUAUUCAACGGAUACAUACUUUUCGUAUUAAUCUGUUCUAAACUCACUGUAAAUAACAUACUCUUACUGUUCAUGGCUUUGGCCGACACCGCGAUCUGUCUCUUAAUACUCAUCGCCAACACUCCUAUGAGUCUAAGUCAGCACAUCCCUGUCCACGACAUAUCGGCACUCAUAGCCACCAACUCGUCGUUUGUCUACAACCAGCAGAGUAUAGACGAGUGGGUGUGCAGUGCCCAGGGUGCUCUCUGGACAGUACUCCCACUGUGCAUCAUCUGGACCAUUUGUGGUCUCAUAGUGGACAGGUAUGUGGCAAUCAUACGACCACUCAGUUACUCGCGACUCAUAAAUGUGCGAAAGACGGCAAUCAUAUUGAUGUGUAUUUGGCUGUGUUUGGUGUCAUUCCUGUUGCCGCCGCUGAUGGGGGUCUGUGACUACCGGUUCCUAUUGAGUCACAGCGGGUGUGUAGUCAUCUGUUCCCGAACUCAAGACUCAUUCUUCGAGUUCUAUUAUAUGGUCUUAUAUUUGACGGCUUUUAUAGUACCGGUAAUUGUCAUAACGGUCUGUAACGCACACAUCGCUAUCAUAGCCCACAACCACAGGCACCGCAUAGUCUCAGCCAUAUAUGAGAUCACAAUGCGAGCCCAGGCCACUGUCACCCAUCAGUCCAGUCCCAGCUAUUUAUUCAAAUAUAAGGGUCGACACGCUUUCCUGGCUGUACUGCAAUUAGUCGGAUCUCUCAUAUUCCUAACAUUCCCUUAUUAUACGAUUUAUGCCUACAAAUCGUUUGCCAACAAACCAUAUGACGACUACUGGACCUCAAUCUCAACGCUCAUCCUUUCAUUCACUCCUAUAGUCAACGGAUAUGUCUAUGGAGUGAAGAGUAAAGCUUUGAGAAAAACCUUUAAACGACUUUUACAGCGAUAUCUGUACGAACAACAGGCGUCCAUAGAGAUUGACCGCCGAUUAUCGCUGAGAUCGCAGUCAUCGCUGAGAGAGGGCUGGAAUUCACUGCUCAUAACCUCCAGUCUAUCAUCAAAUAUGCUGUACAGAAGCCAACGGCGCUUCUCAGCUCCUCUUAGCUGCUCCCCAAUCGUUGUCCUUAAAAACAAUGGCAACAAGUCUCUGAAGAGACGGCAAUCGCUCGAGAAUUUCAAUGACACUCACCUCAAGACAUACACCGACUCGAGGCAUAUGCUAACGAAGAGGCCAUCAUUCUUGGCGGAGACCCGGCUUACAAAUAAGACACCACUCAGUCCUAUACAAGAGAUAUCUCACGGAUUCAGCGAGAAUUCAAGUGUUGUCGUUAACUAUGACUGAAAAUGACUUCACUAUAAGUAUUAAAUAAUUCUG